CGGUCACAUACCCUUGUCUAUACUUCUUACCAAUGGCGCAGUCUGAUCCCAAUCUUGAACAGAUUCAGCAGUGUCUGGCCGAGGUCACGGCCGCGGCCGACCAGUAUCGCAGUCAAGCGACCACACCGAGUAGUCAGGAUGCUCGCUACCAGUUGAUGGCUCGGGCCACUCGCUUGGUCAAUGCCAUUCGGGGUCCGGCCGACCUCGUCUUUGCUAAUUUUGAACAUAUGGUUCGAAUAGGCGCAAUCCGGACACUGUUGGAAGCCGGGGUGUUGGAUGCCAUCCCGACCGGGGGACAGAGCAUCUCGGCCUCGGAAAUCGCCUCCACAACCGGGGUCGACAAAGAACUUAUCGUGCGCCAUAUGCGCGCCCUGACUCCAUUGGGACCGUUUCGCGAGACGGGGGAGGAAUCGUAUGCCCACACCGCCGAGUCGGAGAUCCUACUGGCACCCCAGAUGCGGGCGGUUUUCAGUCUAAUGGUCGAUGAGUACUCUCCCGCGAUGUUGCGGGGCCAUGAAUAUUUCGUGCAGCAGGGCUGGCAGCAUCGCAUCGAACUGCGCCGCAACCCCUUCACUUUCGUGCAUGGCUGCGAUGGACAGACCAUGUUUGAGUACAUUUCGCAGAGCCCCGCCCGCGCAACCCGGCUCAAUGAUGCCAUGGUAGCGGAGGAUUCCCUCCUGGCGGAGAUUGGUCUAUAUCCCUUCAAAUCUACGCUGGAGCCACUUGCACAGCCGGACACCGCCACCAUCGUGGAUGUCGGCGGGGGUCGCGGACAUAUUUUGCGUCAACUCAAAGAGAGCUUGGCAGGAGUCCCCGGGCGGUAUAUCCUGCAGGAUCGCGAGAGUGUCAUCACUGAUAAUGGUCCGGAGAUGGAGGCCCACGGAAUCGAGCCGAUGGCGCAUGAUUUCUUCAACCCCCAACCUGUGCAGGGCGCCCUCGUGUACUUCGUGCGUCGCGUGCUGCAUGACUGGCCCGAUGAGGAGGUUCGUCAGGUCCUCGCACAGCUGGCGGUCGCGAUGGAUCGGGAGCGGUCGCGAAUUCUCAUCACGGAGACGAUCAUCCCUGAAGUGGGCGCGACCGCAACUAACGCGUAUAUGGACUUGACCAUGAUGACGUUUGGUGGGAGAGAGCGAACGGUGAAGGAUUUUGCGCACCUCUUCGAUCUAGCGGGGCUGCAACUGGCCAACGUAUACAAGGCACCCGGAGUGCCCAUGGUGGUGGUGGAGGCUCGCCUGAAGUGAACUGUAGUGUGGGGAAACAGCCGCUCGGAG